AUAAGAGUAGCCCCACCCCCCUUUUUCCACGAGUAGCUGAAAACAUGGCUGCUUUACUAGCCUUUGCGAGUCUCCUACGUGACUUACUAGUCACCCUAGUACUAGCAGUUUGUCUGUCCAUUGGCCUAAGAGAGGGGGCCAUUGAACUAGCUCGCAAGCUGCUUCUGGUGGUGCGUCAGCUGCCUGGUAUCAACUGGGUGAUAGGGUGGGUGCUCAGGAGAGAAGUGAGAGGGUUCCUCAGACAACUGGACCCCAAUUCAUUCAAGACUGGACCCAAAGUUGGGUUGGCAAUCCCACAGAAAGGCUUAUCACAAGAGAAGCUCCUUGAUGAAUUGAAGCGACGCAAGAAAGUAGAAAUUGAUCCUCAUACAGGAAAGAUAUUCGCCUACGUCUACACAUCCAAGGAUGCAAGAUUCGAUACGGUAGAAAAAGCUUUCGACUUGUUUCAGUGGCCCGAUUCCGCAAGCAAUGAAGAAUCAUCUCAGGAUUCCAAGUCAGCUAUUGUAAAGAUGUUCUUCCAUGCCUUCAUGCAUGAGAAUGCUUUGAAUCCGUUGGUUUUCCCGAGCUUGAGGCAGUUUGAAGUGGAGACCGUGGCGAUGGUGGCAAACAUGCUGAAUGGUGAUGGAAACUGUGUGGGCACGGUCACUAGCGGUGGCACAGAGAGUCUACUGAUGGCUAUCAAGACUUAUAGAGACAGAGCUAGGAGUCUUUUCCCAAGCAUAAAGCAUCCAGAAAUAGUGGCUCCUCUAACUGUCCAUCCAGCAUUUGAAAAAGCAGCAGGGUACUUUGAUGUCAAAAUUGUUCAUGUACCUCUCAACCCAAACCUCACAGUGAACAUGACUGAAUACAAGAAGGCAAUAACUCCCAACACAAUUCUCCUGGUAGCCUCGGCAACAGAGUAUUGCUAUGGGAUGGUAGAUCCAGUGGAGGAAGUAUCACAGAUUGCAAUGGACAAGGGACUUCCAGUUCAUGUAGACUCCUGCAUUGGUGGAUUCAUGUUACCAUGGGUGGAGAAGCUUGGCUAUAAGGUACCCGUGUUUGACUUCAGACUACCAGCUGUUAUGUCAAUGUCUGCUGAUGUACACAAGUAUGGACUGGGAGCAAAGGGAGCAAGUGUAAUUGUGUAUCGGAGUGCCAGCAUUCGCAAGUACCAGAUAUUUGCUUACCCCGAGUGGCCUGGAGGACUGUUUGCCUCUCCCAGUAUGGCAGGAACAAGGCCAGGUGGCAACAUAGCUUCUUCAUGGGCUGUCCUGCAGUGUAUGGGGCAAGAUGGGUACACGGAAGUUGCUAAGAGGCUCAUGGAGAUUGCUACUCACAUGAAAGAAGGGAUUCAAUCUAUUGAAGGACUGUAUGUGUGCGGCACUCCACAUAUGACUAUUUUCUCCUUUGCUUCUUCCGACAAAAAGUUGGGUGUGUUUGCUCUUGCUGACCUCAUGGAAACAAAAGGUUGGAAAAUUGAGCGACAACUAGAGACCCUGCAUUGCACAGUUCUCCCCUCGCACACUCUCGAGUCUGCUAAUGACUUUUUGAAGGAUCUCAAAGAAGCUUGCCUCACUGUCAAGGCUGAUCCAUCUCUGGCAAAGAAAGGCUCUGCUGGCGUGUACGGCAUGGUGGGCGUCAUCCCAGACAAAGCUAUUGUAAAAGAUUUCCUCAUUGAGUUCUUCAACGAAGUCUACUCAUAGCCUUAAGACGAUGUAUAUACUGCCCUGUUAGAGUGCCUAGUAUAAUAUUGUUUGCUGGUCAGAAUAAUUAUAAUAGUGAAGACUCUAUAGACAUUUUAUACAUGCUAUAUUGUAAGUACUAGUGUGUUUGUUGAUUUUAAUGGACACUAAAUUUUAGAAAUUGUAUUGUGGGUAUAAAUAUGCAUAUAUACAUUUAAUAUAAUUAUACAUUUUAAUUA